ACCAGAACCGACCAUGGGCUCCUCAGGUCCGGGACCAGCAGUCUGUGCCUCCUUCUUCUUGCUCGCCCUCCUUGCAGGUUUUUGUUCCGGUGGUUCGGACGGGCCGCGGGGGGUCGCGGUCGGCUUCGUGUUCGACCUGAAGGCGAAGUGCGCCCCUCCGUGUGAACACGGGGGGGUCUGCAUCCGGAACAACUCCUGCUUCUGCUCCAAGGGCUACGAGGGAGAGAGCUGCCAGUACGCCAGCUGUUCUCCCAAAUGUAAAAAUGGUGGCGAGUGUCUUCGACCAGGGAAGUGCAGGUGUCCUCCUGGAUUUGGAGGAAGAUUCUGUCAUAAAGUGACAUGUGAUGGGGGGUGUUGGAACGGAGGAGAAUGUACGGCUGUGAACGGAGUGGCCGAGUGCGUCUGUCCCUCCAGCUGGACCGGAUCAAAGUGUCAACACGCGAUUUGUCCUCAGGGCUGCAGGAACGGGGGGGUCUGCGUGGCUCCAGGGGUCUGCAGCUGUCCGGAGGGCUGGCUGGGGGGCGCGUGCCACACCGCCGAGUGCAGCCAGCCCUGCCUGAACGGAGGGAAGUGCAUCUCUCCCAACAAGUGUCGCUGUCGGCCAUCUUUCUCAGGGCCUCGCUGCGAGGAGAGGAAGAAAUCCCACUGA